GGCAGGGCAGUGCCCUGUCAGUGUUGGCGGGACUUGGUGUCGACGAAGCUCUGGGACGGCUGUGUGGUUGGUACCUCUGCGAAAAUUGAAUCUCCAGGCUUCAAAAAACGAGCUGUGGAUGAAGGAUUGUGAUAGAAUGUCAAGAAGAAGUGUGAGGCAAAAGGCCAGAAAGCAGAAUCUUGAAACGACUGAAGAACCAGCCUUCGUACUUUGCACAAGGAAGAGAAAGGCAUCGCCGGAAACCAUGGGAAACCAAGACGUGGCCAAAAGAAGACAGCAAUUCCAGAUCCAGAAUCGUUGGGUCCCCAUCUCUCAGGGUUCACAUGUAGGCAGUAGUUUCAUUGUCGCCACAGACUCAGAAGAGUUGAGUGCAGACUUUGAAGUAGGUUCACACUUCCAGAUCAGGAAUCUCCUAAGCGAAAGUAGACUAUCACCUUUACCUGACCUGAACUGGGCCAGCUCCAGAGAGCUGUGGUCGCCCAUGUUAGAGAAGGAGGCACACUACAACAGAGAUCACAACUACCUGAACAGACACCCAGGACUGGCACCACGCAUGAGGGCCAUCUUGUUAGACUGGUUAAUAGAGGUGUGUGAAGUGUACAGAUUACACAGGGAGACAUUCUUCUUAGCACAGGACUUCAUCGACAGAUUCCUGUCCACAGAGAGAGACCUGCCCAAACACAGACUACAGCAUAUAGGCAUCACAGCUCUCUUCAUAGCAGCAAAGUUAGAGGAAAUAUACCCACCCAAAGUGACAGAGUUUGCCUAUGUGACAGAUGGUGCCUGUACAGAUGAAGAAAUCCUGGACAUGGAACUAGUUAUGCUGAAGGCCCUGAACUGGGAGUUGUCUCCGAUGACUGUUAACUCCUGGCUGAACGUCUACCUCCAGCUCGCUAAUCUGGACGCCAUAGACUAUGAAGAGUUCUACUUGCCACAAUACUCAGGACACACCUUUGUACAGGUUGCCCAGCUGGUGGACCUGUGUAUGUUGGACAUCAGCUCCCUGCAGUUCUCCUACGCUGCCAUUGCCACUGCUGCUCUCUAUCACAACAGUUGUAGGGACAUCUGCCUCAGAGUCUCAGGUUUUUCAUGGGAAGAAGUGGCCCCCUGUGUGCAGUGGAUGACACCAUACGCCAUCACCAGGAGAGAAGCAGGAUACGUCCCACUCAAGAUGUACAGCCAGAUCAGUCCAGAAUCUGCACACAACAUCCAAAACCACACCUGUGAUCUUGCCAUGCUGGAGAAAGCCCAGGCCAGACAGGCGGAGAUGUCAGCCCUGUCGCGUGCCAGCCCCCUGUCCAUCCCUGGGAUGAUCACCCCUCCUCAGAGCAACAAGAAACAACACACCACCACUUGAGGAGGUGGUACUGUUCACAACAUAUGGUGUCCACAAUCUUACAAUAUACCAGUCUCUGUGUCUGACUGGAACAAGGCAGCUAUAUCUAUCUUAUGUACAGUUUCCAAAUUUUGAGAGUGAAGGAGGAUAGAACAGUGUUGAGUUCCACAUCCUUGUGUUGCCCCUUGCUUUGGAGCUUGUGACAUUUUUUAUUGAAAAGGAAGUAAGCUCGUAUCAAAAAGGUUUACUUUGCCUGCCAUUGAUUUGAAACUUCACCCUAUGAAAUGUCUUUACAGUGUUUGUUAUUUUAGCUUGCUCCAAAAGCUGCUAUGCUUCGCUUAUCACUGCCUAUAAUCAUUUUCUUUUUGUAGAUAUUUUCAGUACCCAGUUAAGACCAAGCAAUAUCACGCUUGCAAUGUCCACGGGUAUGUGCAGCCAGUAUCAUUAGAUAUUAGGUGACAAAAUGAUAAAUUCCAAGUGCUUAUAUGCUUGUUUGCUUAUGCAAGUGCCGGAAAAAAUUAGUGUCUUUUGUAGUUGUUUUGCUGUCAAAAUAGACUGCAUAGGACACAAUGCACCCAUAAAGAUAUGGGUCAAUUUUAGUUGUGAGUGUGGUAUUGAAAAGUGUGCUUUACAACCCAGUCUUGUGCAAAUUUUGGGAAGGUAGGGUUGGCUUAAAAUAUCUGCUUUGAGUCAAGUUGAGGAAAACUUUGUCAGGUUUCAUGACAUUGUGCUCAUUUAGGAAAAACACUACGGACCAAAGGGGUAUUCAAAUUUGUAAUGAAAUGGUAGGAAAGAAUUCCAACAAAUUCUAAUGCAGAAAAUAUUCCACCCUAACAAUAGAGAUAUAAUUAGCCACUUGAUGCAACCAUAUGAUGUGUAGAUAUGUCACAUCUCAGGUGGAAACCAGUACAUAUCUCAGGGUGAUUUUAUUUUUCAGUCACACAUUUGGCUAGGUAUUGUAAGCCAAACUUUUAGUUUCUAAUGAAUUUUGUAUAUUUGUUUUUAUUAUACUGUAAUCAGAUGGUUGCAGUGUGUUUUAGUCCACUCCAGAAUACAAAGAAAAGUGUGAGAACAAUGCCGUAUUCUGUACCUCUGGGUAAUACAAAGAAAGGUAACAAGUGAGAUUGUGGUGGAGUCAACACCUUGUUCAGAGGUUUUACAGUGCUGCAAGUUGUUUUUGAAGAUGCAGAGAAUGAGAAUUUAGAUUUAGGUGCCAUACCUGUUGCCACUUUGGUAUUUUGACUUCACCAGAAGCCAUCGGUUGAAACAUUUUUAGACUGUAAAUGUAUUUAUAUUUGGAACCAUGGCAUCAAUACCCUUUGUGUGAAUUUUUAUGACAUAACCAUAUGAUGUAGCAAUUUUCAUCAUGUGUCAAUGAUUGCCAAUUCUUUUGCAAUGUGAAAUAUAUCUUAUCAAUUGCACUUCACAAAUAAAAGAAGCAAAUACAGAAAA